AUGAAAGUCGCGCAGCUGCUCCUAGGCGCCGGCGUUUGGGCACAGCAAAAUGCUCAAGGCGAUUCUGAACAUUACAGUGAUUGCUCGACGGGCCACUGUUUCCCCGCCACUGGAGAUCUAUUAAUUGGACGAGAAAGUAGAUUAUCCGCCACUUCGACAUGUGGUCUCGAGGGCGAAGAAGGAUUCUGCAUCGUUUCAAAUACAAACGGACAAGGUCCCUGUAAACAGUGUGAUACCAGGCGGAAGUGGUCGCCGUCCGAUCCAUCAACCCACAAUGCACAUAAUAUCGAAAACAUCAUUGCCUUCAAGUCAGAGGAUAUCUCGCCGGCUUACGAAAGGCGUUGGUGGCAGUCCGAAAACGGCAAAGAUGAAGUGUCGAUUCAAGUCGAUUUCGAAGCCGAAUUCUUGUUCACCCACCUUAUCAUGACUUUCAAAACAUUCCGACCCGCCUCCAUGUCCGUUUACCGCUCCUCAGAUAAUGGCGCUAGUUGGAAACCUUACAGACAUUUCGCAGAAGACUGCGCCAGUAGCUUUCCCGAUGUUGAAGCGACCCCAAAUCAAGAUACCAUCGAUCAAGUCGUCUGUGAUGAUUCCUACGGCAAGAAAGUACCAACUACUAAUGGCGAACUCGUACUCAAGGUUUUGGAUCCCCAAUUGACGGAAUCAAUGGACCCCUAUUCGCCCGAAAUCCGCGAUUUGCUUCAAGUAACCAACAUCCGAAUCGACUUCCACGAGCUGCACACGCUUGGUGACGAUCAUAUGGAUAACUCCCACGACGCUACCAAUAAAUACUACUAUGCCGUUUACAACUUAGUUCUUCGUGGGUCCUGUUUCUGCAAUGGUCACGCCAGCCAGUGUGUGCCCAAGGACGACGAAAUCGUCAACGCGGAUGUUUAUGGAAAGUGUAACUGUCAGCACGGAACUGCAGGUCUCAACUGCGAAAAGUGUGCCGACUUCCAUCAUGACCAGCCUUGGAUGCCCGCUCGAGCUAAUCAAACCUUCGAGUGCAAACGAUGCGAGUGUUACGGGCACGCCACCGAGUGUCACUUUGACCCGGCGGUUUACGAAGCUACGGAUAGGACAUCAGGAGGUGUCUGCGAAAACUGCAAGCACAACACGGAGGGACGCAUGUGCGAACGAUGCAUUGAGGGAUUUUACCAAGAUCCACUCAAGAACAUCAAUGAUCCCGAAAUCUGCGUCCCGUGCGAUUGCGAUCCCGCUGGUGUUGUUGGCGCUUGCGAUCGUGCGACAAUUCCCGGUCCAGAUGGAACUGUUGCUGGUCGAUGCCGAUGCAAGGCAAAUGUCAUGGGCGAACGGUGUGACCAAUGCAAACCCGGCUUCCACUCGUUGGAUCCCAACAAUCCCGACGGCUGCUCCCCUUGCGACUGCGACGAUCGCGGCUCGGUGACCCGAGGCGGCUCUGUUUGCGAUCCGCUCAACGGCCAGUGCCACUGUAAGAGCAAUGUCACGGGAGGGCGCUGCGAUACUUGCGCGCCGCACACAUACGGCUUGAGCUCAGGUGACGCUGAUGGCUGUAAAAAGUGCAGAUGUGAUAUUGGUGGCUCGCUCAAUCAAAACUGCAACACUGUUGACGGAAAAUGUACUUGUCGACCAAACAUCACUGGCCAGCGCUGUAACGAUGUCAAGGAAGAUCAUUUCUUGCCUAAUCCCUUCCUUGACACUAUGGUCACUGGGCCAGAUGGCCUCAACAGUGACGGGGUCGAGUUGAUUCCGAUCGUCUUGGCGCCCGUCGCCUACUAUCCCCCUCAGCCGACGUCUGGUUUCAACGAGGAUCCUAAUGAGUACUACGACGGGUACCCUCAUUAUUCUCGUCCAAUUUCUGAUAGCUACUCUCUCUCCAAUCAUGGAUCCACCUACGGCUAUGAAAACAUCAACCAGUACGUUCCAGCCCGACCAGGCACUUCUGUUCUCUUUGAAGUCGGAGAUCUCCCUCGAUCGUUGCCUUAUUCUCUUCAUUUGAAAAUCUCUCCACAGGGAGGAAACUGGUCUCCAGUCGAAGUUGAAAUCAUUCGACCUCCAACGGACACUCGUGACAUUGAUAGUCCCUGCUUCAACUCGAAACCCGAGGAUGAUUCGUGGACAGCUACUAUUCCCACUGAUGAGCCACUCGUUGCUCUCGGAAAAGACAAGUACACCUGCCUCGAGACCGAUGCCGACAAAGGAACCGUGACUCCCUACAAGUUCAAAAUCACUCUUCCAAAAACUAACAACUAUGGAGAUGAUGAAGAGGACGACAACAAGAUUUUCUGGAUCGAACGACUCCAACUUGUUCCAAAACUUGACACUGAAAACGGCUACCCUGGAUUCAAGGAAGAAUUCAAUGCUGAAGCCCCUAAGCUUAUCACUGCAUACGAGAAGUGCAUGUUAAACACAAUGGAUCUUCCAGAUGUUGGUGUUCUCGAAAAAGACUGCGACGCAAUGACUUAUUCAAUUUCCUCUUGGUUCCACCAAGGCGCGAAAUCAUGUGACUGCGACCAGACUGGUUCUAUUUCUCGCUCUUGUGAUCCUUCCGGUGGUCAGUGCGAGUGCCGAGAAGGUGUUACUGGCAGAACUUGCAACCAGUGCGCGGCUGGCUUCUUUGGCUUCUCACACACCGGCUGCCAAGUUUGCGAUUGCAACAGACGCGGAACUGUCAACCAGAGCCAAUUCUGCGAACAACAAUCCGGCCAGUGCCAGUGCUUGGACGGCGUUGGCGGGCGACAGUGCGAUCGAUGCUUGCCUGGCUUCUAUGACUUCCCCAACUGCAAAAAGUGCGAAUGCAACGGACACGCGAACGAAUGCGAUUCCGUCACUGGCGAAUGCUUGAACUGCGCUCAUGACACCACAGGUCCCAAUUGCGAGCAAUGCGCAGAUGGCUACUACGGUGAUCCGACUUCAGUAACCAACAGCCAGUGUUCUCAAUGUCUUUGCCCCGACGGGCCAAAAUCUAAUCGACAGUUUGCCGACACUUGCAGUUUGUCUCGAAUGCGAGGAAGCUCCAACCGUGAAGAUGAGCAGCGAGGACCACGACCUUCAGUCGUCAUGUGCAAUUGUAAUCCAGGCUACCAGGGGCUUCAGUGCGAGCAGUGUGCGCCUGGGCAUUUUGGAAACCCAAUGGAGCCAUUUGGAAGCUGCAAUCCUUGCGAGUGCAACGGAAACAUCGAUACUUCGGAUCCAGAUGCCUGCGACGCUAGAACUGGAGAAUGCCUCAAGUGCUUGUACAACAGAGGCGGCGCUGACUGUAGCGAGUGUGCCGAUGGAUAUUAUGAGCAGCCGAAUGCCGAUGGAACUGACUUUACUUGUGUUCCAUGCGGAUGCGACGAGCGGGGAAGAGAUCCUUUUGUUGGAAACACUUGCGACAAGAAAACUGGCCAAUGCGCUUGUUUGGACAAAGUAGAAGGCCGAACUUGCAACUCCUGCCGAAACAACUUCUUCGAUCUUGCUAAUGCUGUUGACAACGGAGGCUGCCAAGCUUGCGGCUGUGAUCCAGAAAACUCAAAGGACAUCUCCGGCGAGCAGCCUUGCGAUAUGGUUACUGGCCAAUGUCGAUGCAAAGAUGGAUUCGGCGGUCGCGACUGCAAAUCUUGUGAAAAGGGCUACUACGGCGAUCCCAAAAUCGGAAAAUGCGAGGCCUGUGACUGUGACCCAAGCGGUGUGCAUGAUCCCUUUGCCUGCAAUGCAUGGACUGGUCAAUGCGAGUGCAAGCCUGGAAUCGGUGGACAGCAUUGUGAUCGAUGUGAACGAGGCUACCACGGAAUCGCUCCUGAUUGUGAACCCUGCGGCGAGUGCUUCGACAGUUGGGACGGAAUCAUCGGAGAACUAAUCGACGAAACUAAAGCCGUCCUUGCCACUGUGGAUAAUAUUCGGGACAAUGGUGUUACAGGAGUUUACAAAGCGGAAUUCGACCAAAUCGCAGCCAACCUUGCUAAUGCUCGCGACACUCUUUCUCAAAACGAAGAAAUGAACCAGCUCGAGCGAUUCAUGGCUGAAAUCGAAUCAGAGACGAAUUUGGGACACAGCCGUCUUGAUGACAUCAAGGACUCAUUUGGAGACAUCAACGCCCUCGAUCAGCGACAAAAACAGCAACUCGCCAUUUUGAAGGAAGAAAUGGACAGCAGAAGACUUGAACUUGCUGAACUUACUUCUGCCUUGGACGAAGCUGAAGAUAAGGAUCCUCAUGUUCUUUGGGGACGAAUCAAGCAAGCUGUUGCUGAUGCUGCCAAAUAUGAAAUCCUCGCUAAGAAAGCUGUUGGUGUUUUCCAUAAUGCCGAUGAUCCCAAAACCAAUUUCCUCCUUGCUUCCAAGAAUAUCCGCGAGUCCGUUGUCCAAGGAAUGAACCAGCGAGAAGAAGAAUUCCAGCAGAAAUCGCAAGAACUUGAUAUUCUCAUCGAUGAUGUCGAACCAAAGAUUCGGGAGCUUUCGAUUGGCGAGAUCAACCAAGCUGUCUGCGGCGCCUACACUGAAGACUGCGAUGAAGUCUGUGGUGGCGCUCAGUGUUUGACCUCCAACGGAAAGCAACACUGCGGAAACGCCAACUACGACGUUUUCAACCGAGGCCCACGAGUCAACACCUGUGAAGAGUCAGCUUAUCAAAUCUCUGUUUCUGCUAAAACUCACGCUGAAAACGCUCAAAAGCGACUUGAAGACAUCCGAGAAAAAGUCGAUGAAGCUCUCAAUGACACUAAAGAGGUCCGCGAGGAUGCUUUGGGAGCAAAGGAAGCUGCUGAGAAAGUCCGACAGAAGGCAACUGAUGUCGAAAAGAACAUCCGCGAGUACACUGAUCGAAUCAUCAACUUGGUGGAAGAAAUCGAAGACUUCCUCUCAGCUGAUGAGCAUACCGAUCCCGAAGACAUCCUCAAGGUCGCCAAGCAAGUUCUUGCGAUUGAACUUCCAGACUCGAACAAGAUCAACGAGCUCAAGGAGAAAAUGAACUCACUCAGCAUUCGACCUAGCGAUUCUAGCUCUCCUGAUGAUAAUCUUUCCCUCACUGCGGUUACGUCCAUCGCUCAAAAGGCUACAAAGGUCUUGCGAGAGGCUCAAGAGCUCUCCGACAAGGUGAACCGAGCCGCUGACAACUUUGACCUGAAAGAGUCAAACUGCAAUGAGGCAACAGGAAAGAACCUCGAGGCGAAUGAGGUUAACGACGCUGCCAAAAUCAAGAUCGCAGAAACGACCACCCUGAUCGAAGAUUUGAAACUCAAGCUUGCUGAACUUGCAGGCCUCGUCGACGACCAGACCAUCCAGCAAAAGCGUACUCAGCUCAACAACAAGAUCACUGAAUCGAACAGCAACAUUGUCAUGGCCACUGAAGAAUUGACAGAAGCAGACGAGCUGUUCGAAGAAUUCCGACCUCGAUACGAAGAAUUCAAAAACAGCGGCGAUCGAGACUACGCGAUUGAAUUUACUGACAAAGUUGAUGAGCUUAGGCACACACAGGAUAGCGCCAAGGACUUGGAGGCGAAUGUCGGCCAGCUUUUAGAAGACGUGAAGGAGUGGCACAAGAAACUCCAGGAUCUCAAGGAGAAAUACGAGAAAGUCAAGGAAGAAGUCAACACGAGCACGACAAACUUGGGCGAGCUGAAACAGCGAGCCGAGAGUGUCCGCAAGAACAUCUACCAGAAACUGUACAAUCCUGAACAAUGCGGCAACUAA